GAAAAUUUGCAAAAUUUUACAGUUUUUCCCGGUUUUUCCCUCCAAAAGUGAAUGAGAAAACCUGUAUAUUAAUAACGGUUGAUGGAAACACAACUACUUACCAGACUCCUCCAGCUCGCGGUUUCCAAUAUGGCUUCCAAAACAGUGUUUUUGGAACGAACUUUUUAUGGCUGUUUACGGCUGCCUGGUUAGUAGAAAAUUCUCAAAACUUCCGCGAUCUUGACAUAGUAAUGCUUAUUGAGAACUUGGUUAUUUUCUAGGGCUGUUAGGUGCACCGCUUUCCUUGAAUUUCGUGCGGAAUGCGUCCAAGAAAUCUGGUGGUAGCACGAAGCGUCAAGGCAAGCGACAAAAGGCGAAACAUUUAGGCGCAAAACGAGGAGAAGGUAUGCGGGAAAUAAUAAAUCAUGGAGACCGUUUUAUAUAAAAGCAACAGUAGAGCGAUAAAGUGUGGAUGGUUCUCGAUUUUGAGAGAGAAUAGCUUGAUCUACUGGCAAUGAUUCUGGGUACAAAUCAUGCGUGAUAUUGUCCAUAUUUUAUUAACAUCUGGAAAAUUUUUGAUAUUUUCCUUACUAGGUGAGCAUGUGAUACCAGGAACAGUAUUAUAUCGUCAGAGAGGCUACCGAUUUCAUCCUGGAGAAAAUGUGAGUAACGUUUGAGUUGAUUUUUUGUGAUUAAGAAAUGUGAUUAAUAUUUCUAUGUUACUUUAUGUAUUCUUGCUAGGUUGGUGUUGGACGAGAUCACACGUUAUACGCAUUGGUCGAGGGAAACGUGAAAUAUACACGAGAAUUAUUGGAGCCAUAUCCUUGGGCUUUAGGAAAAACUGGACCAUAUCACGAGAGAAAAUUCAUCCAUGUCAUUGGGAAACCAUUUAUCCCUAAAUAUGUCUUAGUAAAUACACACGACUUUGUGAAGUAAAAAUAUAUUCCAGUGGCGUAAUGCUGUAUUAUG